AUGGGCGACACGUGCGGACCGCAGUGCCGCAGCCGCGCGGAUUGCACGCAUUUCACGUGGAGUAAUUUCAACGGCGGCACGUGCUGGCUCAAGGGGGCGAUCAACGCGACUGAACUGGUCCCCGCCACUGGCACGUCGUGCGGUUACCGCGUCCGCGACAGCGCGACCGGUAACCCCUACACGACAGUCAAACAGUACCUCAACCGCGGGUACGCGGCGAGCGUGAAAUCCUCGAUGCUCGCGUCUCCCGCAGACGCGCCGUAUUUCGCGAGCGUGGCGGGAUAUCCGACGGCCGUGUGGCUCGACAAUAUGGCGUCCCUAGAUUCCAUCCCGGGCCACCUGGAAGAGGCAGCAAUUCAGGGGGGUGCGAAGGCGAUUCUCGUGCAAUUCGUGAUCUACGAUCUCCCGGGCCGCGACUGCAAGGCGUGGUCGUCCAAUGGGGAGAUUCCCAAGGGCGGCCUCGACACGUACAAGACCAACUACAUUGAUGUUGCCGUGGCGCGCCUUAAAAAGAAGGCGGCAAACGUGCGUCUGUCGCUCGUGAUCGAGCCCGACUCGCUGCCCAACAUCGCGACGAACAUGGGGAUGAAUCGGUGCGACGCGACGACGGACAAGGAGUACACGGAGGGCGUCGCGUAUGCCAUCGCGGAGCUCUCGCAGAUCCCCGACACCACGCUCUACCUCGACUCGGGCUUCGGCGGCUGGCUCGGCUGGCCCGAGGGAAUGAAGCGCGUCGUGGCGGUGUACAUGAAAGUCCUCGCGCGCGCGCGGCAGAUCCGCGCGAACGCCAAGAUCCGCGGCUUCGCGUCCAACGUGGCCAACUACAGCCCGCUCUUUGCGCGGAGCUCCCCGGCCUUGGAGAAAUACCCGCUCGUGAAGAACCCGAGCACGGGCGAGAUGUGCUACGACUGGAACCCGUGCAUCGACGAGAACCGCUUCACGGCGCGCCUCAAUGCGUACCUGGGAGCCGCGGGACUGCCCACCAGGUGGAUUGUGGAUACGAGCCGGUCCGGCCGCACUGGCAUUCGCUACCGCUGGGGGUCGUGGUGCAACGUGAGGGGCGCGGGGAUCGGAGAGCGCCCCCAGGAGAAUCCCCGUAAAGCUAACCAAGUUGAUGCUUUGGCUUGGAUCAAGCCGCCUGGGGAGAGCGAUGGCCACUCAAAAGCAAUCUCUGGCAUUUCCCCCGUGGAUCGCGAAUGCAACCCCAGUGACCCCCUGGGCAAGGACGCCCUGGCAGACGCGCCCCGCGCAGGCCAGUGGUUCCCGGCGCAUUUCGCUAUGCUGGUCCUUAACGCCUACCCCCCCAUUCCUGCUGGAACCAUGGACCCGUGCAUGUACGAGUUUGAUCGGCGGAAGAACCCCGCGUGCGAUCAGUUCUGGGAGGAUCUGGCCGUCCAAUACUCCCCGCAGUACAAGUUUCACCCGGAUGAGACCAUCUGGCCAAUCACGAUCGACGAGUACCUCACGCACGUGACAAAGAUCUUGGGUAGUAGGGAUUGGGGAACCGACGCGCUUGUGUACGACGAGGCCCCGAUCACUCCGGACAACCUUAGAACGUUGCUCGGGGAUGGGGAGUUGAAGACCGCGCGCGACUUGACUGUCCUGCUGGUUGGGGGUGAAGUUCAGGAGGAUACUCCCUGGGUGAUGGACUCGAGGCGCAACCCGAAGAACGGAGGCACGAAGCUGUACACCAUCAUUUAUAAUCCAAAGCCGGAUGACAAAGACUCGUUUGUGGAGAUUCAGUAUUGGCUUUUCUACCCUUACAACUACGUCUGGCACGAUACGUUUGCCUCUGAGUACAACCACAUCACAGACCUGGUGGCGAUUGCAAUUCGCUUCUCAAAGACCGGCCAGCCACAGCGCAUUUGGUACGCGCAGCACGGCGACGGCCCCGUGUGGGCGUGGGACACUGGGGCUGACUGGAAUGACAAAAAGUCAAAGAACUUUGCUACGGUGAUGGGAACACAUCCCAUUGUGUAUGUCUCCAAGGGAAAUCACGAGCAUUACCCAGCCGCCGGUGAUUUCAAUUGCAAGGUUGUCAUUUGUUUCGAUAACACGGCCAACGGAGGGACCGUAUGGGCACCCUUUGACAACCCGAAGUCCUCCUUUGAGUUUGUUCACGUGAAGAGCGAUAUGUCCGCUUCCAUGCUGGAUGAGGACCGAGAAAAACUGUUCACAGGGAGAAACAAGUGGAUGGCUUUUAAUGGGAAGAUUGGUGGAUACUUCCCGUGGCACACUGGAGUGAGCGCGAUAUCUUUCCAGAAGAACCAAGGAAGG